AUGAUCCACAUGGCCUUCUGCUCGGCUCUCGCCUUCCUAUUGGUCAAGGUCUUCCGAGUGGUGGAACCCAUCGCUCUCUCUACAGAGAUGUACCUCACAUCUGUGCUCCCCAUCGGCGCGCUCUACUCGCUCAGCCUCUGGUUCUCCAACUCGGCUUACAUCUACCUCUCCGUCUCCUUCAUCCAGAUGCUCAAGGCCCUCAUGCCAGUGGCCGUCUACCUCCUCGGAGUCCUCUUCACGCGAGAGGUUUUCAAAACCUCUGCCUUUGCCAACAUGGUAGCCAUCACAGUGGGGGUGGCGGUGGCGGCGUAUGGGGAGGCAAAUUUCAACCUUACCGGGGUGCUGCUGCAGCUCGCUGCCGUGUGCUUCGAGGCCUUAAGGCUGGUGCUCAUACAGAUCCUCCUCACAGCCAAGGGCGUCUCUCUCAACCCCAUCACAUCCCUCUACUACAUCUCCCCCGUCUGCCUCCUCUUCCUCUCCAUCCCCUGGAUUCUCGUCGAGUACCCCCGCCUCGCUCCCUCGCUCACCAUCCCCGCUCAACCUGCGCUCGUCCUGUUCCUCGCCAACUGCGCGUGUGCUUUCUCACUCAACCUCGCUGUGUUUCUGCUCAUUGGGAAGACUUCAGCUCUCACUAUGAACGUGGCAGGUAUGUAA